ACAAGCUCAGAAUCAAGUAAUGAGAAAAAAUACAGUUAUAAGGAUAAUGAAGUUAGAAAUAGUAAUACAAUCUUAAAGUUUAAUGUAGAAAAAGAGAUUAAAACUGAUAACAUAAGUAAAGAAAAUAAAAAAAAAAGAUUCUCUAAAGAUCUUACGAAACAAGAAAAUUCAAGAAAGGAGACAAAGCAAAACCAAAAUAUAGAGAAAUUAAAUACUA